AUGCCAGUGCCUGAGGUGGCAUCUGACACUGCCAGCGCUGCCACCAUGUUGAGCCCCGUCCUCAAUGCCUCCAACGGAGACGGCUCCGAGUCUGAAACCACCUCCGCCAUCCUCGCCUCCGUCAAAGAACAGGAGUUGCAGUUUGAACGUCUGACCAGGGAGCUGGAAGCCGAACGACAGAUUGUUGCCAGUCAGCUGGAGAGAUGCAAGCUUGGCUCUGAGACCGGAAGCAUGACUAGCAUCAGCUCAGCAGAUGAGAAGUUUCGCUGGAACAACCAAGAUGGACAGAAGGACAUCGAGGAGGAGCUGACGACAGGCCUGGAGCUGGUGGACUCCUGCAUCCGAUCGCUCCAGGAGUCGGGCAUCUUGGACUCGCAGGACACUUCUACAGGAGACAGACAAGGACUCCUGUCCCAAAGCGCUUUGCAGCUCAACAACCAGGAUGCCUAUGCAGCGGCUGGUUACCAUAGCAACCAGGGGCUGGCGCUGGGGGAGUCGGUCACGGGUCGUAGCGGAGGGGCAGUUCACAGCUACAACCAGGUGACCUCCAGCCGUGCAGCUGCCCAGCUAGCAGCCACAGACUCUCCCUCCCAGUCCCAGAGAGACUCAUUUGCCCAGCAGGCCCUUGGCAGCGCCUUCCACAUGCCCUCCGAGGGCGGAUCUGCGCCCGCUGGACCGUCCAUGUAUUACUCCUGUGCCACUUUGCCUGCGCAGCGCGUGAGCUCCCCUCUGCAGGCAGUGGGAUCCCCUACCAAGCUGCAGCGCCUGGGAUCAGCCUCUGCCGACAUGCCCAGCUACGCCACGCUACAGAGGGUGUCCUCGCCCAAGCAGUCGCCCAGCCGACUCGCCAAGUCCUACAGCACCUCAUCGCCCAUCAACAUGGUAGCAUCGGGUGCCGCCGGUUCCUCCUCCCCGCUCCCCAUGGCAGCCUCCCCGGGGGGAAACCACACCUCGUCGCCCAUUCACCAGCUCAGCUCGGCGGUGGGAAGCUACGCCACCCUGUCGCCCACCAAGCGCAUGCUGCAUCACAUCGGAGCAGACGGCUACAAGAUUUCCCACGAGCUGUACGCCAACGCAACCCUGCAAAGGCCUGGGAGCCUGGCAGGUAGAGGCUCCAGAGGUUCCUACAGCAGCCAGCACAGUCACCUGGGCUCUGAACUGCGACCCCUGCAGUCCCCUGAGCACCACAUCGACCCCAUCUACGAAGACAGAGUCUACACCAAGCCCAACCUUAGAGGACAAGCCCCGCCUUCCCCCGGUGUCGACCCAAUCCCCUUGCAGCGAACGGGAAGCCAGAGUGCCGCCGCCACCUUUCAGAGAGGCAGCUUCGCCACGGGAGGCGGGGCGGCCGACUACGCCAACCCGUACCGCACUCUGCAGUUCUGCCCGUCCACCGAGUCGCCUUACAGCAAGUCAGGCCCCGCACUCCCACCUGAAGCCGCCCUGGGCCGGUCUCCAUCAGUGGACAGCAUCCAGAAGGACCCAAGGGAGUUUGGCUGGAGGGAUCCAGAGCUGCCAGAGGUGAUCCAGAUGUUGCAGCAUCAGUUCCCAUCAGUCCAGUCCAACGCUGCUGCCUACCUCCAGCACCUCUGCUUCGGAGACAACAAGAUCAAAUCUGAGAUCCGGCGGCAGGGUGGAAUCCAGCUGCUGGUGGACCUGUUGGACCACCGGAUGACUGACGUGCACCGCAGCGCCUGCGGAGCUUUGAGGAACCUCGUGUACGGCAAAGCCAACGACGACAACAAGAUCGCCCUGAAGAACUGCGGAGGAAUACCGGCUCUGGUCCGACUGCUCAGGAAGACCACAGAUGUUGAGAUCCGAGAGCUGCUCACAGGUGUUUUGUGGAACCUGUCGUCAUGCGACGCCCUGAAGAUGCCCAUCAUCCAGGACGCUCUGGCCGUGCUGACCAACGCUGUAAUCAUCCCACACUCGGGCUGGGACACGUCCCCGCACACACAGGAGGAUCGCAAGCUGCACUUACACUCCUCCCAGGUCCUCCGCAACGCCACAGGCUGUCUCCGGAACGUGAGUUCUGCAGGCGAGGAGGCUCGGAGGAGGAUGAGGGAGUGCGAGGGCCUGACGGACGCCCUGCUCUACGUCAUCCAGACCGCUCUGGGGAGCAGCGAGAUUGACAGCAAGACUGUCGAGAACUGUGUGUGCAUCCUGAGGAACUUGUCGUACCGUCUGGCCGCAGAGACGUCUCACAGCCAGCAGGGGGGGUCGGAGGAGUUGGACGGGUUGCUAUGUGACACCGGCGGGAAGGACGCGGAGAGCUCCGGAUGUUGGGGCAAGAAGAAGAAGAAAAAGAAGGGACACGACCAGUGGGACGGCGUCGGCCCGUUUCCAGACUUGGCGGAGCCCCCGAAAGGCAUCCAGAUGUUAUGGCACCCCACCAUCGUCAAGCCCUACCUCACACUGCUGUCUGAGUGCUCCAACCCAGACACCCUGGAGGGAGCAGCUGGGGCUCUGCAGAACCUGGCUGCUGGCAGCUGGAAGUGGUCCGUCUACAUCCGGGCCGCGGUGCGUAAAGAGAAGGGCCUCCCCAUCCUGGUGGAGCUGCUGAGGAUAGACAACGACCGGGUGGUGUGUGCCGUGGCGACCGCCCUCAGAAACAUGGCGCUGGACAUCAGGAACAAGGAGCUCAUCGGUAAAUACGCCAUGAGGGACCUGGUGCACCGUUUGCCCGGAGGCAGCAACAACAACAACAGCAGCGGCGGCGGCGGGGGAGGCGCCAACAGCAGCGGGCUGGUGGGGAAGACCAUGUCGGACGACACCAUCACGGCUAUCUGCUGCGCGCUGCACGAGGUCAUCACCAAGAACAUGGAGAACACCAAAGCCCUGAGGGACGCCGGCGGCAUCGAGAAGCUCAUCGGCAUCGCCCGCAGCAAGGGAGACAAACAUAGUCCUAAAGUGGUGAAAGCAGCAUCUCAAGUCCUGAACAGCAUGUGGCAAUACAGAGACCUACGCAGCCUCUACAAAAAGGACGGUUAUUCUCAAUACCAUUUUGUCGGCUCCUCCUCCACGAUAGAGAGAGACAGACAGCGACCUUAUUCUUCCUCUCGCACUCCGUCCAUCUCUCCCGUACGAACCUCGCCUAACAAUCGAUCAGCAAGCGCUCCAGCGUCCCCCAGAGAGAUGAUGGCGUUGAAAGAGAGGAAGGCAGACUACGAGUCGACUGGCAAUGCCAGUUACCAUGGCAGCAAGGGCGAGCACACAUCCCGGAAGGACGCCAUGACAGGUCAAAUCUCCGGUGGGUCUUCAACACUACACAGAGGAGCGUAUGUGUCCCCCACUGAUGACCUGAAGUAUAAUCAGGUUUCUUCUCAAGGUUUGCCGUCAGAGCCCUACCCUCCUUUCCAAAACCCACCUCCGCCCGACAGCGGCCCCUACGAGGAUCAGGCCUUCUACGAGAACCAGGUUCACGCGGGAGGGCGCCCCCCGCAGGGUGACCUCAACAUGCACCUGCAGGGCCUCAAGUCCACCGGCAACUAUGUAGACUUCUACUCGGCCUCGCGGCCCUACAGCGAGCUCAACUACGAGACCAGCCACUAUCCAGCCUCACCAGACUCCUGGGUCUAA